UUUUUGCAGCUGAGGGAACGGAGGCCCAGAGAAGUGAAGUGAGUUGCCCAAGGUCACACAGCAGAGAAGCGGCGGAGCGGGGAUUAGAACCCACGACCUCGGACUCCCCAGCCCGGGCUCUUUCCACCGAGCCACGCUGCCCUUCCCUCUCCCCGAGCGUCCCCGUCUCCCUUGCUCUCCGCGACGGGCGCCAUGAUCGAGGUGGUGUGCAACGACAGGCUGGGCGAGAAGGUCCGAGUGAAGUGCAACACGGACGACGCGAUCGGCGACCUGAAGAAGCUGAUCGCGGCCCAGACCGGCACCCGCUCCGACAAGAUCGUCCUCAAGAAAUGGUAUACUAUCUUUAAGAAUCACGUAUCUCUAGGAGAUUAUGAAAUACAUGAUGGUAUGAAUUUAGAGCUAUACUAUCAAUAAGGCCAUUUCCAAUGGCCUGAAUCUUUACCUGUCCGUCCCGUCCCUGUCCCCCCCCCUCCCCGGCCAAUCUUUGUUGGGCUAAUAAAGGGAAGAAUGUCUCAAAGGC